GAUAAAAGCCUAAAAGUUAAUUUGAAGAAGAAAAAAUGAUUGUUUUACGAGGAGUAUAAUACUUCUUGGGUAAUUACAAAAACCCCCUAAAAAUCCCAUCCUCUCUCAGAUUCUCUCUCAACCUGGCUCUCACCGUCUCGAACUCAUCUCACCGCUCACCUCCCUACUCCGCCGCCGUUGGUUCUCUCUAGCAGUCAGUCUCGCGUAUCACCUUGCUGCACCACCAGCUCUUCUCUUUCGCGUCUCACCUUGCUCUGCCGCUCGCCAUCACUGAUUCGCUUCGAGUUCGAUAACAGAUUGUACUGAAUGUUCUGUUAUUGUAGUGAAAUUAGUGUUGUUAAUCAUGGUAUGGUCAAGUAUAAGUAGGAGAAUUCAUCUCUCGCCAUACGUUAGGGCUUUACGAAAUUCCCCGGAAUUCAGGGGCCGAUAUGUUUUCCAUGAAGGACCGGGUUAUAACGUAAUUACUCCUAGUACUGAAUUCCAGCGCAGUUUCUCUUGUAAAAUACGGCCGUCAAGGUUUAAGCAGGAAUUAAGUAGAGCGUCAUUCCAUCAGUAUUACCGAUCCUCGGCUUUUGUUUCACAGAAUGAUCGAAGGUUGUGUUCCAUGCCUGGUUUUCGACACUUCUCAUCAUCAUCAUCUCAUGCAUCCACAGAGCAAAAAUCACAAAAGAUGCUUAUUUAUUUGACAGGCUUGGUGUUUGGAAUGGUUGGAUUGUCAUAUGCUGCAGUUCCCCUUUACCGGAGAUUUUGCCAAGCAACUGGCUAUGGGGGAACUGUUACCCGGCGUGAGAGUGUUGAAGAAAAGAUUGCAAGGCAUGAUAGCAAUGAAACAGUCACUUCGAGGGAAAUUGUGGUGCAGUUCAAUGCUGAUAUUGCUGAUGGAAUGCCGUGGAAGUUUGUUCCAACACAGAGAGAGGUUAGGGUGAAGCCUGGAGAAAGUGCCCUCGCAUUUUAUACCGCCGAAAACAAAAGUUCUACUCCGAUAACCGGUGUUUCUACAUAUAAUGUCACUCCUAUGAAGGCUGGAGUUUACUUUAAUAAAAUACAAUGCUUCUGUUUCGAAGAGCAGCGACUGCUUCCUGGAGAGCAGAUUGACAUGCCUGUAUUCUUUUAUAUUGACCCAGAAAUUGAGGAAGAUCCUAAAAUGGACGGUAUCAAUAACAUAAUAUUAUCGUACACUUUCUUCAAGGUUUCUGAAGAAUAGGACCAUCUUGAACAUAGGACUUAAAUAACGGGUGUCGCUACAUUUCAACGGGCAUAAGAAACUCUGAAGCUCAAGUUUGUGUUACCUGUUUUUGGCGACCAAUGAAGGAUUAUACUUCAUAUUGUAAUUUGUUUUACAAUUAAACACUUAAUGUAAUCUUCGAAAUAUCAUUCUCUCCAAUUUAGUCUCUAAAGUAAAUAAAAACAACGAGUAGCUCCUAAAAUUAAUGAAAUCCGUCACUUUAGUCCAUGGUGUGAAAAUGCUAAGACUAAUGGAACGGAUUCUCGUAUACUUUAGAGACUAAAGUGACAAAUUUUAUAUACUUCAUGGAUUAUUUAUUUUUACUUUUCUUGGUUUCAUUUUUUAAUAUACUUUUGGGACUAAAUUGGAGAAAAUGUGAUAUUAUACUGACAAAAUUAAUGGUGUAUUAUUUGUUUUUACACUAUGUUUCUAAAACAAUCCUUGUGACUAGGUUUUGAAGGUUCCAGGGAAUCAUUCAUUACUCGCUAAAUCAGUGUUGUUGUUUAGUGUUAGUUUACUGUGUCAUGCGAAUUGUUAAUGCAACAGGUCAUGUGUUGGGACAUACCCUGUUGUUACAGUCUAGUGAUAUGAUUGUGGAGAUUUUAUGUGAAAUCCUGAGUUUGAACUCGGAUCUGGUGAAAUUAAAAACCUUUAAGUGCAUGCUGUCUUUUAUGCAUUUAUACACAGAAUAAUAGUAUUUUUUUU